AUGUUCAAUCGUAACGCCCUCUUUGGCAACAGACAAGAAGCACCGCCUGGACAACGAACACCAGUGCGCCAGCCUUCAGGAAGGUGUAUACUGACUGAGGGUCCUACUAGUCAGCCCGAGCCACGACAGCAACCCUCCUACGAUCAGCCUCCACGACACCACGAAGCACCGCGAGAUAGCGGAAGAAUGCAGCUGCAACCUGUAGCAUCGCUGAAAGAGCUCAUAUUCUCAAAUGUUGCUGCUGUCUCGCCGCAAGAUAUAGGAGGAUCUCGAGAGGACGUGUAUCUGCUCAUAAAUGGACAAUAUGCAUUGUCGGCACGUCCCCACCCCGCCGUGCAGAGAGGCCAGAUCGGUCUAAACGAGUUUCAAAGGACAUGGAUGCAAGUCGCGUUCACGGAUGUCAUCGAAGCGGAACGCUACGAUCCCUUUCGUCAAGGGAAGCGAGUACAUCUGGGCAAUAUGGACGUCGAGAUUGGCUUCGCAGGCAAGACGAGCUCACCAAACCCCUUUGAUCAAGAUGAACUUGCAGAUUGCGUCAAGAAGACUUUCCAACAUCAAAUCUUCGCGCCUGGGCAGUCAGCCCUCAUGGACUUUAGGAGCGCUAAGCUAAAGCUCACGAUCCGGCUUGUAGAGAUGGUGGACCUUAUGAACCUGAGUGCAGGCACAAGUGGUGCGCAGAGUGAUCCACGGGCGAGAGGUAUUCUCACACCAGAGACUGUCAUCAACUUCUUCAAGGAUGCGAAGUCACCUAUCAACUUGAAGGGCUCGACAAAGAGGCCGGCAGCCAACUCAGUUCUACGGCCCGACUUCAAAUUCGAGGAUAUGGGCAUCGGUGGUCUUGACAAGGAGUUUAGCGACAUUUUCCGCAGGGCUUUCGCCUCGCGCAUCUUCCCUCCAGGAUUGGUGGACCAGCUGGGCAUCCAACAUGUUCGCGGUAUGCUUCUAUACGGGCCUCCUGGAACUGGUAAAACACUUAUCGCGCGUCAAAUUGGAAAGAUGCUGAACGCUCGUGAGCCCAAAGUCAUCAACGGUCCAGAAGUGCUCAACAAGUAUGUUGGUCAAUCGGAAGAGAACAUCCGUAAGCUGUUCGCAGAUGCAGAGAAAGAACAAAAGGAGAAGGGCGACGAGAGCGGGCUUCACAUCAUCAUCUUUGACGAACUAGAUGCCGUGUGCAAGCAGCGUGGCUCGGGAGCUGGAGGUGGCACCGGCGUGGGCGACAGUGUGGUCAACCAGCUGCUCUCGAAGUUGGACGGUGUCGAUCAGCUGAACAACAUCCUCCUCAUCGGUAUGACUAAUCGCAAAGAUAUGAUCGACGAGGCACUACUGCGAUCUGGACGUCUCGAAGUGCAUAUGGAGAUCAGCUUGCCGGACGAAUUCGGACGUGGACAGAUUCUCAAGAUUCACACCAACAAAAUGCGUGAGAAUGGAAAACUAUCCUCUGAUGUCGAUCUUACCACCCUCGCGAAGGAGACUCGUAACUUCUCUGGAGCAGAAAUCAGUGGCUUGGUUAAAGCUGCCAGCAGUUUUGCGCUACAGCGGCAUAUCAAGGGCGGUACCGUUGCAGCAGUAUCCGACGACAUCGCAGACAUGAAACUACGCAUGGCAGACUUCGAACUUGCACUGCAGGAAGUUAAGCCUCUUUUCGGUGUCAACGAAGAAGAUCUCGAGGACAGUGUAGGUGAGGGCAUCAUUCACUUCGGCCCACAGAUCGAAAAGAUUUUGGAAAGUGGCCGAGAACUGGUUGAAGUUGUCCGCUCAGGCGACGUACGCAUUUUCUCUGCCCUUCUCCAUGGCCCAAGUGGAAGUGGCAAGACUGCCCUCGCAGCACAAAUCGCUCUGGACUCAGGAUUCCCUUUCAUCAAAUUGGUCAAAGCCGCGGAUAUGGUCGGCAUGAACGAGAUCCAGAAGAUUCAAUAUCUCUCGAAGGUCUUCACAGACGCCUACAAAUCGCCACUCAAUGCCCUGGUCAUCGAUGGGAUAGAGCUUCUCAUCGACUGGGUGCCCGUGGGCCCGCGUUUCUCCGCAGCAGUAUUGGCUGCGCUCAAAAGCUUGUUGACGAGCAAUCCACCCAAGAACCGUCUGCUGCUGGUACUAGGCACGACAUCGGAACGGACUGUCAUGCAGCAGCUGCAGUUGAAGUUCAAGUUCGAGAUUGCGGUUCCCAAUCUCCAAACCUCGGAAGAGUUGUCACAUGUCCUGCGUGCGCAGAGCUUCGAAGAUCAAGACAUCAGACGUGCUCUGCAAGUCAUUGAGAGCACUACUGGGUCAAGCUCGAUCAAUAUCGGGAUACAGAGGAUAUUGGAUAUCGUCAAGAAAUCGAAGCGGAAUCCAGACAAAGCUGGUGCAUUUGCUGAGAUGAUCUGCGAGGCGAAGAACGAUGCAUAG